ACCCCCCCGCCAUGGCCAGCAGCAGCCCGCAGCGCCAGCGCACCAUCGGCUUCCCCCGCAGGAGGAGCGCCCGCCGCCUCGCCGCCCCCCCCGCCAAGGGCGGCCCCGACCCCGCCGCGCUGCGGCUCUCGCCCUACCCCGGGGCCUCGGGCCCCGCCGCGCCCGGCCGGGCCUCCCCGGGCACACGGGGCACACGCUCGGCCCGGGCCGAAGCGCUGCCCCUGAGCCCCCGCAAGCGCCUGGGUGACGACAACCUCUGCAACAUCCCCCGCGCCCUGCCCUGCUCCCCGGCCAAGCGCAGCAAGGAGAACCAGGGGCGCCGCUUGCUCUUCGGGGACCCCCCGGCCUCCCCCGAGAAGCCCAGCAGCCCAGGGCCGUCCCCACGGCGCGGAGGGCAGGAGACCCCCCGGAGCUCGGGGUGCGGCGGGCAGCCUGCCCGCACCCGGCUCUUCAGGCAGGAAGGCACCUGCUACCAGCAGGCGAAGCGGGUGCUGCACGCGGCCGUGCCCGACCGCCUCCAUGCCAGGGAGAAGGAGACCGGCGUCAUCCGGCAGUUCCUGCGGGAGCACGUCUGUGGGCACCGGCCCGGCAGCCUCUACGUCUCCGGAGCCCCCGGGACGGGGAAAACGGCCUGUCUGAGCCGCGUCCUGCUCGACUGUAAGGACGAGCUCGCCGGGAGCAAAACCAUCGUCCUGAACUGCAUGUCGCUGAGCAGCCCGCAGGGCGUCUUCCCCGCCGUGGCGCAGCAGCUGGGCCUGCCCGCGGCCGCCGGCCGGGAGGGCGUGCGGAGGCUGGAGAAGCAGCUGACGGCCCAGGGGCCCAUGGUCCUGCUGGUGCUGGACGAGCUGGACCAGCUGGAGAGCAAGGGGCAGGACGUGCUCUACACCCUCUUCGAGUGGCCCCGGCUGCCCGGCUCCAGGCUUGUCCUCGUGGGGUUGGCCAACGCGCUGGACCUGACGGACCGCAGCUUGGCCAGGCUCGGAGCCCGGCCGGCCGGCAGCCCCCGGCUGCUGCACUUCCCACCCUACACCAGGGAGCAGCUCAGCACCAUCCUGCAGGAGCGGCUGGGGCAGGUGGCUGGUGACCCCGUCCUGGACGCUGCCGCACUCCAGUUCUGCGCCCGCAAGGUCUCCGCGCUCUCAGGGGAUGCCCGCAAGGCCCUGGAUGUCUGCAGGCGCGCCGUGGAGGUGGUGGAGCUGGAGGUGCGGAGCCAGACCCUGCUCAAGCCGCUGCCCGGCGGUGACUCCCCGGCGUCCCCUGUCCCCAAGCGCGUGGGGCUCCUGCACGUCUCCCGCGUGAUCUCGGAGGUGUUUGGGGACCGGCUGGCGGCAGGCAGCCGGGGGACCCGGGACGCCUUCCCGCUGCAGCAGAAGGUGCUGCUCUGCUCCCUGCUGCUGCUCGCCCGGCACCUGCGCGCCCGGGAGGUGACGCUGGGGAAGCUCCACGACGCCUACAGCCAGGUCUGCCGGCGGCAGCAGCUUCCCGCCGUCGACCAGGCCGAGUGUCUGUCCCUCGUCACCCUCCUGGAGUCCCGGGGCGUCCUCGAGCUGAAGAAGGCCAAGGAGGCCCGGCUGGCCAAGGUCUCCCUGAAGAUGGAGGAGGCGGCGGUGGAGCACGCGCUGCAGGACGCGGCGCUGGUGGGCAGCAUCCUGGCCCAGGGGCUGUGCUAG